AUGAAAUGGUCUACUAUACUCUCCGGUGCAGCUACAGCGUUCGCAUGUGGUAGCGCAGCAGUUACACCCAUCACCAAUCGAACCAACACUGGAGUGGAAUAUGUGUCGGGCAACUAUGUCCCCUUUCAGCCCGGCUUCCUAGGUGGACAAUGGGAGCUUUUCUACAGUUCGAACAACGUUACUCUUCGCGGUACCGGCUACUUGCGCCUUCGGUGGGAGAUUGAGUACUGGAAACACUCCGGUUCAGCAGCCGACAUCAUCAUGAAACCCAACGGAACUUGGCUCCCUGUUGCCGGCGGCGGCGGAUACCAGAUGGGCGAUAACUCUCCUGCCCCUUACUGCAACGACCCCAGUGGUAACUGCUUCAAUGGCACGGGUGGCGAUACCGAUGGAUAUGUGUGGUUCACGAAUGGCCACAACCCCUGGCAUAAUGAGUACUAUUGGCUGGAUGGUGAAGUGUAUCUUCAGACGCAGGAGGGUCCUGGUGAUUAUAAUGUUGGUGUUAGUCCUAUCACGAUCGACGAUAUCUUGAGCGACAUCAACACCAAUAUCAGCGCUGCUUACCACUAUGGUGUCUCCUUUGAUCCCAAGGAGGGGGCGUGCCCGUGCUCGAUCAGCCCCGUCUCAUCAACAGCAGUUGUUGCAUCUACCUCUGCGACUCCAUAUGUCGCUUAG